AGGGACUGAAAACCAAGUGAGGAGAUGAAGGAUAACACCAUACUUCAGCAGAGAAUACAGAGAGGAUAAACACUGCAGAUAGAUCUUGACCAUCACCGAAGGAACAACUGCACAAUUGUGGACUCCAACUGUGGUGAGAGCUUCAAUCUUUCAUAUAGCCUCAUGAACCACUGACUCAUUCCUACAGGGGCGAAGCUCCUAAAGUCACCAAACACGCAAGGUGCAUCUGUAUAGCAGCAACAUGGAAGGGAAACCAUUGAACAGUGAGUUGUGUGACCAAGACUUCACACAGUCAUUAACACCCAUUGGACAUCAACACAUUCCCACUGGGGAGAAGCCUUUCAAGUGCAAGAUGUGCCACAAAUCAUUCUCUCAGUCACGGACCCUCCUCAAACACCGGUGCAUUCACAAGGGGGAGGAAUCAUUUAUGUGUGAGGUGUGCCAUAAAUCAUUCUCAAGGUCAAUGAAUCUCCACAGACAUCAACGCAUUCACACAGGGGAGAAACCAUUCACAUGUGAGGUGUGCGAAAAAUCCUUCUCUGACUCAUCAAACUUCCGUGUGCACCAACGCAUCCACACAGGGGAGAAGCCAUUCACAUGUCAGGUGUGUGACAAAUCAUUUUCACAGUUAUCAAGCCUUCAGGUCCAUCAGGUAAUCCAUACAGGGGAGAAACCCUUCAAAUGUGAGAUUUGUGAUAAAGCUUACACCACAUCGACCAGGCUUUUGAUGCACCAGAGUAUUCACACAGGGGAGAAACCCUUCAGAUGUGAGGUUUGUGAGGUGUCUUUCAUCGAAUCCUCUGAACUGCUGAUACACCAGAGGAUUCACACAGGGGAGAAACCCUUCAAGUGUGAGGUGUGCAAGAAAUCAUUCUCGCAAUCAUCAAGUCUCCACACACACCAACGCAUUCACACAGGAGAGAGACCAUUCACAUGUGAGCUGUGCAACAAAUCCUUCCCCUAUUCUUCAAGCCUCCGAGUACAUAUCCGCAGUCAUACAGGUGAAAGACCUUUCAGGUGUGAGGUGUGCGACAAAUCAUUCUCUCACUUAAUGAGUCUCCGUGUACACCAAUGUAUUCAUACAAGAGAGAAGCCUUUCACAGGGGAAGUUUGUGAGAAAGCGUUCACACAGUUACAAAGCAUCCUGCAGCAUCAGACAAUCCACACAGGGGAGUAACCCUUCAACUGUAGGGUUUAUAAUUGAGCUCUUUUGGCUCUUGGACUCUUCUGAGGUACCAGAGAGAAACUCUUCUGGGGCAAUAUUUGUGGCUGGGCUCCACCCACUCAUCUGAUUUCCUGAACCAAAAAUGGAUUCACACUGAUGCCCAAGCAUUCAGGAGUGCGGUGUGUGACAAGCCUUUCACAGAGUUCCUGGUCCAUCAGCACAUUCAGACAAGGAAGAAACCCUAACAGUGUGAAUUCCGUAAUAAAGCCAUCACAAUGUUGUCAGACCUCCUGGAAAUCUUGUGAAUGAAGGGGAUUUUGUCCAUUUAACCUUGCUCUCUAGGUGGCCCUGUUGACUUCAGAAACCCUGAUCAUCAUGACAUGUGAAGCUAUUGUUGAUCUCUCCGAUUUCCCCCUCCCACCACGUGUCCUUUAUCUUCUGGAUUUGUCUUUGAAUGUCAGUCUUGAGUUGUUGAAUUGCAGCAUCCUUGAAUUGUGUCUUUGGGUUGUUCUGCCCAGCAAUGAAGACUGAUUGUUUUUUGUUCCAGGAGGUCACAUAGUUGAGUGUCUUGUUUAUCAAGCCACCCCUGGUAACGAUGAU